AUGCGCAUCUUUGGGAGGGAGCUCUUAAGGCAUCUGCUCCAGCCGAGCGGUGUCGCUCGAGUUUCCAAGCCCAGGGGUGGGCCGGGCCAGUCCCUGCGCCGCGGCGCUUUGCCCGCGGUUUGCCCUUGCCCGUGCGCGGCCGCGCAUUCUGCGGCUCGGUUGGCCCUCCGGCCACCCCCUCGGCGAGGCCCUUCUCUUUACUGUGGUAAUAGUGACAUUCAGCGGGAAAGGCCAGCUCAGACAGCACUGCGCCCGGCUCCCGCGGCGCAGGAGGGUCGGCCCGCCCGCGCGGCCGCGCGCACCUUGCACCCCCUACCCUGCGGGGGGGCGGGCAGCAGGCGCGCUCGCCGGGUCCGUCCCGUCGCCGCCCGCCGCCGGAGCAGCCCCCCCAGCCACCGCCCGGGCUGGCCUGCGGGGUUCCGGCGAGACCUCUCCCCUCUGGCUCUUGCGCAAGGAAAGGACGGAACCAGCGCUGCGGAAGAGACCCUGCCUCACUGCUCGUAUAUGGCAAAGUUUCUCGCCGAGCUCCUGGGCUGCACGUUGCCGAGCAAGGGCGCCUCUCCCAUGUUUGAGUCCAAAAGUCACUCCCGGGUUGGCCUGAAAUCAAGCACCAAGCAAAAGACCACCAUUUUCAGCACAUUGACCAAUGAGAAGUCCUUAUCUGACUGCAAAAAGGACUUGCUUCAGCCUUCAGAAGAGCAAGGAGUGCAUCUCACUGACUCUACAAGCAUUUAGGAUGAUUUAUUCUUUUCAACCCUGAUAACUCCCAAAUUCGUCUUGCAAAAAAGGAAAGGUGACCAGUUUCCAACAGAUCACGGUGUCUCUACUUCCUCUAUUGUGCCUCAGUGUGUUCAGUAAGGCCCUAAGA